CCUCGAAGCAACCACCAAAAAUCACCCCUAUCCAUCAUGGAAGAAGGCUGGGACUUCGAGUCCUCCCCUCCCUCAUUCAAACAAGUCCAGCCGCUGCUGCUAACCCUAUUCUCCCUCUCCGGCACCGGCUGGCUCAUAAACUACGUCACGACAAUCCGCACCGCGUAUCGCGACCGCACCCCAGGCGUAUCCCUGGUAGCCCUAACCAACAAUCUAGCAUGGGAACUUGUCUUUGCAAUCCUGCACCCGCCGCCGCUGCCCGUCGCGAAAGCUAUACUACGCUCGUGGCUAUUUGUUGACAUCUUUGUUAUAUACACCACGGCUAAGUUCGCGAGAGCUUCGUCGAGUAGCUCCAAUGCACCGCUUUUGCACAGAGAUCUGCACUUUUUUGUGCUUUUUGGGAUCUUGGGGUUCUUCUCUGGACACUGGGCGCUCUCGGUGCUGCUUAGCCCGAUCAAGGCGUUUUAUUGGAGCGGGAUGAUGUGCCUGGUUGUGAUGAGUGGGACGGCGCUGGGGAUUCUGGUUCAGAGGGGUCAUACGCGUGGGAUGUCGUAUGGGAUGUGGCUCUCACGCUUCAUCGGGUCGAUAUUCGCGGUGGCGAGUUUGUUUCUGCGGUCGACGUACUGGCCGCAGGUAUGGGGGUGGUCGGAUAAUAUCCUGAUGCGGUGGUUCUCAGGGGCGUUUGUGGUGCUGGAUGGGCUGUAUGGUGUUUGCUUUUGGUAUACUCGGCGGGUUGAACAGAGGCAGAGAGACAAGGUGGACUAAGUUCAUGACUUCAACAGAUCUAGAAGCUGAUUCCGUUCAGUUGUUGAAUUGAUAAGACAAUCAUUACUACCCUAGCUAACCAACUUAACUUAGAUGUGCCUUCGCAGGAACAGCAGCGACUUUAAACCCAUGCCUAGGAGCAUGCACUCUCACGGAAACCUCACCCUCAGUCGUAUCCAGCGUAAUCUCUUUACU